AUGGGUGGGUACCUGAGGGUGAAGAUGCUGAGCAAGGAAUUCCAGGUGCCAAUGAGGGACUCCAUGCUGUUAUCGGAACUGAAGGAGCUGAUCACCAAGGAGACGCAAGUGCCUGCCUUCCGGCAGCGCCUGGUGGUCCAGGCAAGCACUAAAGUGCUGCAGGACGGGGUUCCCCUGGCCCACCAGGGCCUGCGCUCGGGCAGCGAGGUUGUGCUGGUGGUGCAGAGCUGCGACAAGCCCCUGAGCAUCCUGGUGAGGAACGAGAGGGGCCACACCAGCACCUACGACGUCCUGCUGACGCAGAAGGUGGCCGAACUCAAGCAGCAGGUGGCUGACCGGGAGAAAACGAGUGUCCACCAGUUCUGGCUGAAUUUCCAGGGGCUGCCCCUGGACGAUGAGAAGCAGCUGGGGGAGUACGGCCUCACAGCCCACUGCACCGUGCAGAUGAAUCUGCGCCUUCGGGGGGGCACGGAGGGACCAGGAGGGCAGCGCUGA